AUGCCGACUUCUGAUGAAAACUUACCCGCGUGGUACUAUCGCUUGGCUCCUCAACUCAAGAGUGGGGGAGUGGUCCUUCCAUGGACGUUUGACCAAGAUAUCUCCGACCUAGAUGAGUCGGGCCGUGAUGAGACCCGCGAGUACCAUGGCCCUGACGCUGCAUCUUUUUACCAACUGAAAGAGAUGCGACAACAACGGAAGCAAGAACUGCAAAAACGAAAAGACUUCGUCCAGAAACAGAAAGAUAGAAUUCGCCAAGAUGAGAUAGAGAAAGUGAGAGAAGUCCAGAUGGCCUACGAAACACUCGAGUCUUCCAUGUCUUCAGGCAACAAUGUGUCUGUUCUGGGUUCUCUGGAUACCACGUUUGAACUUUACUCGAUCGACUACUUUAACCACUUGUACGAUCCUACUCCGUCUGGAAGCCGUAAAAAAUACUUGAGGUUCCAGUAUGCCGAAGGACAACCCCAAGGAUCAGGAAAUAACCUCCUUCUCGAGGGUAUCUUGUGGCUUAACCCUGAUGUCGAGACCAGACUUGCUCCAUUCUACCCACCAAGCCAGCCUAGUUUGCAGCACUACAGGCUUGACUCCGCCGACGGAAAGUUCACACUUAUAUUGCAAUUCAUCGAUAACAACUAUUUAACUCUUCGAGCCAAUCGCAACCUCGUCUUCAUGAGCAAGCCAGAGGAAGCGACGGGACCACAGACAUUCGUGUUUGGCGGAAUUAGAAAUGACUGGGGAAAGCAUCUCCACGCGUUUGCAAAAAUGUCUGCGCAAGGAAGGGAAGGUGACUUCUUUUCUAAUUUGUCAACUUGA